AUGAACACUCAUUCCAGCUACAAGGAAGACAUGGUCAGACGGGCGCAGGAGCAACUUGAGGUCGGCCUCGCCCAGAUUGCGACCGCGUCUCCCUUCCGCCAGAGGCUCCUGACGAAGGCCACCGCCCUCAAACUAUACUAUUUUGACCCGUUCCUAUCCACUACGGAUGUCGGCGGAGCUCCGGGAGCCUCCGCCGAGCGAAUCUGGACGACCCGCCAAAUCGCCCAUGCGCUGGGUCGAUCGCAGUCCAUGAUCGCCCGCUGCAUCAAGGCCCACGCCAACCUCGCUCCUGACAUUCCUGGAAUGACCUUAGAUGAGUUGGCUGACGUUCUGCGCGAGGAUCCCAUCCAGGGACAAGGCUACGUGUUCACCGUCCCCGAGGAGCAAGAGCUCGUCGAGUUUGUCAAGCGGUGCUGCUUAGGAGCUGUCUCUCUGAGCAAAACGGAAUUCACUCGAUAUGUGCUUGCAGCCUCGAAGGUGCCGAGGCCGGACGGCGUGGAAAGACGUCAAUUUGAGCACGACAAAGUUUCCGACAAGUGCACCGAGGGCCUGGACGAGGAGUUGAUUCACCAGUCCGAGUCCGGCUUCAUCAACGAGGAAAUCUUCGACAAGUGGUUUCGAGAUUUCGUCGAGGUCGUCAAGGAGCGAGCUACCACCACCCCCGUUCUAUUGGUGAUGGAUGGCAGCUCGUGUCACAAGUUCACUGUCGGGUUGAUUGACCUCGCGGUGAGCAACAACAUCCUGGUUGCGAUCCUUCCAUCGCACACGUCGACUCACUUGCAGCCGCUCGACGUCACCGUCUUUGCCUGGUACAAGAACUUGCUCGAGACUCACGUGCAGUCGAUUUUGGAUGAAGACUCGCCACUCAUCGACGUGAACAUCAAGCUUCACGGGGCCAUUCGGGCGUGGAACGAAAUUGACGACCGAUCCAACUUGAUCCGAUCUGGGUUUCGCCAAACUGGUAUCUAUCCGCUGGACACGGAAAAGCACAAGACCCUAGCGUUGCCUUCCGUCGCUGACGUUGCCGUGUCUACGACCCCCCUCGCUGCACAUUCCCGAGCCACCCCCGACCCCGGAUGCUCGAUUGCCGAUGCCGCCCUGGUAACCAUUGGUUGCACUCCGAGAGCUCUACAGCAAAAGAGGGUGCACGAUGCAGCGGUAGCUGAUUUGCGUCGAAAUCUCGAGGUCGAACUUUCGGUGCAAGAAGUCCUUCGGGCCCCACCCAGGCCCCUGCGGUCCAGGAGCAUUGGCAACAGCUCCAUGCGCGUUUCUAUGAACUCGACCGCUCGAUCCCCGCUUACGCCGGAGAAUAGGGAUGCCCAGCUUAAGCGGCAGGAGUUGCAAGAGAAGAGGAAGCAGCUCGAACCUCUGAAAGAAGAGUACAAUCGGCAACGGCCCAUCUUCCUCCGCACGCUAAAAGACCUUGACUCACGCAUCUUGACACUUGCGGAGACAAUUCUUGCUCUGGAGACUCAGCUGGCUGCUCUGGGAGAAGAGGUCGAGCAGGACAUCGAAUCGGCAACUGCCGCGGAGACCCGAAACAAGCUAGCUGCUGCUCGCCUGCAGCAUACCAAGCUCGUACGUGACCGCGCGACAUUUUUCAAGAACCGUCUCAAGCGACCCACUCUUCUAAGUCUUGAGCCAGCGGCGACCGCUUCCACACCUCUCGUUCCUCGGCGCGUCAGCAGGCCUAGGCCCAUUCUCGCUUCGCAAUCGAUGGCGAACGACACUGUCGACUUGGAUCAAUCAGCCAGCGAGGAGGAAAGCGAGUCUGACGACGAUGACGACGAGAAUCAAGCGUCGUCCGAAAUGGCUUCCGCUGCCAUCGGCCACAACGACAACCAGGAGGACCCCAGCGAUGUCCAGCGUCAACCUCAAGCCGCCCGCAAGCGUCGCCAGGAAGAUGACGAUGAAAACGUCGCGCCCGUCUUCACCACGGUCACAUCAGACUCGAGCGAUGUUGUUCAAGUCGAUUAUCAGCUGAGCUCCACCGAACUCCAAGAAAUCCGACGCUAUCGCAUGCCAACGCGUAGUACUACGAAGCAAGAUGGACAUAAUGUCAAAUUGGCGCGUGUAGACCUCCAACCUGCGUCGUCAAGGCCGGCGCUCAGCGACCUGACAAACCUUUCUCGAAGCAACACGCUACCACUGUAA